AUGGCGCCGCCCAGCAGCCUCGGCAAGCGCGUAAAGGGCACUCAGAUCAGGCGCCCGUUCAUCUACGGCACGACCGCCCGCCCCUUCGACCCCGAAACCAACCCCAAGCCAGAGGGCGUUCCCGACGAUCACACCCACUCGUGGGAGGUGUUUGUAAAGGCCAUUGAUGACACCGACAUCACGUACUGGUUGCGGAGAGUCCAAUUCAAGCUCCACGAGUCUAUUCCUAACCACGUGCGCAUGAUUGAUGGCGAGCCUGGAAAGCCCUUCCUAGUCCAAGAAACUGGAUGGGGAGAGUUUGAGAUCACCAUCAAGUUGUACUACGCCUCCGAGUCUGGGGAGAAGCCUCAGACUUUAUACCAUAACCUUCGCCUACACCCGUACGGCAGGACCGAUGCCGAGAAGGAGCAGAUGCUGCGCCAGAACGACGGCGAGAUACGUGCUUGGGCAUUCGACGAACAGCUUUUCAACGAACCCUACGAAGCCUUUUAUGAAAUCCUCACAUCUGGCGCCCACCCGAAGGGCCACCCUGUAGGCAAAGGAGGCAAGGGUAAAAACAAGCCGAUCCCAUCCUUGCCCGAGAAAACGUCGAAUGUGCAGGUGGCCUGGGAGCGAAGCGCCUUGCUGCCCGCAGUGAACAAGCCGGGCCAGCCCUUCAGUCUGGAAACAGAGCAGAUCGAAGUUAAGAAACUCAAGGAGGCCGAAGCUAAAGUGAAAGAGAUGGCCAAGCAGCAGCUAGAGACGUUGAAGGAGAAGGAGGCUCAGCUUGCCGCCCUGAAAGCCGAGAACGCUGCUGCUGCAACUGCCGGUUAG